GGUACAGAACGAGAGACAACCUCUGCCCCCCCCCAGCAGCUGGCCAGCUUUGCAGCCCCAGUCUUGAGUCCCCAACUACCCUCCCCCCACCCACCCCCAUUCCCUUCCCAAUUGAAGGAGCGGAAAGAGAAGAGAGAAGAGUGAGCAGAGAGAUUGAGAGAUUGAGAGAGAGAGAGAGAGAUAGACGGAGAUCUCUGGAGCAGACCUCAAGAGCCUCACGAAGAACUGAAAACCAAGGAGAGGGCACUUGCAGAUGACGUUGCUCCCAUGGCAGCGUCUGUGCCCGUGGGCUUCUCUCUGUGGAAAAUGGUGGAGGCUGCUUCUGUCCCAGGAGGGAGAAACACCGACUCCCUGGCUUUGGUGCCAGAAGCCUGGAUCGGCUGCCAGGUGACUUCUGUUUCUAUCUGAUUCUCGUCUGGGGGGGCCCUCGCCGGGCAGCCCCCCAACACUCCUCCUGCCCUGAAACACGGCUCUAGCCAACCUGCUCCGCUGCUUCACCUGCGACCGUCUCUGCGGGGGCUGCACAGCGCCAGCCCCUCCAGCCCGCCAGGGCAUUGUCCUCCAGCCCGUCAUGCCCAGCUGUGACCCCGGUCCAGGCCCUGCCUGCCUCCCCACCAAGACUUUCCGCAGCUACCUGCCCCGCUGCCACCGCACUUACAGCUGUGUCCACUGCCGUGCACACCUGGCCAAACACGAUGAGCUUAUUUCCAAGUCCUUCCAAGGAAGCCAUGGCCGAGCCUACCUGUUUAACUCCGUGGUCAAUGUGGGUUGCGGGCCAGCUGAACAGCGCCUCUUGCUCACGGGGCUCCACUCGGUAGCUGACAUUUUCUGUGAGAGCUGCAAAACCACACUGGGCUGGAAAUAUGAACAAGCUUUUGAGACGAGCCAGAAGUACAAGGAAGGGAAAUACAUCAUUGAAAUGUCACACAUGGUGAAAGACAACGGCUGGGACUGAGGGGCUCAGGCAGGCUGUGCCCUUCCUCCGCAUGCCCCUCCUCCCCAUGGCCCUGCCAAGCAGUCUAUACCAGCAUGAGUACUGCCCCACCCCUGGGGGAAACCUGGCUCCAACCAACCCCCCCCACCUCCACCAUAUCCACUACCAGGCACCCUUUGGAACAGGGGUCUGGGGGUACCCCAGGGGUGUUAAGGCUCAGGAGUGGGCAGCAGUCAGGGAGAGACAGAACUGGGGGAAAGGGAUGGUUAUGGGUCCUUCUGUUCUCAAGUUCCUGAAAGUUGAGGCGAUGGCAGGGCGUAGACUCAGGCAGAGAGGAUUGUGGGAGGAAUCCGUUUUUGCUCCACCUCUUUUUGAGUGAACAGAGGACAAAUCUUGGGUCACGGGGCUAGUAGAUGGUGGACCACAGAAUAGCAAAUGAGAAAAGGCUUGGGUUGGAGUGAAAUUCUGGUCUCAGGCAGCAGAACAGACCAGAGUCUCUGAGGAUGAAGUUUCCCACCCCUAUUUGUAGGGAAAAGGACUCACGUGCAGGGAAAACUCAAAUCCCAGGCCCUGGGAACUAGUAAAAGAAUCAAAGGGGUUUCCAUUUCACUCCACUUGUUAGUUUAUCUUGGCACUGAAGAGGCACUUUCGAAUAUCUAACUUUUGCCGUUGGGUGGGGUAGGGACAGCUGCACGCGGAACAGCCCCCACCCCCAGUCGGCUGCUUCCAGAACAAGCAGUCUUUAUGGGCUUUCUCUGAGGCCCAGUCACUGCUCCUGGGACCCAGUCCCCUGGAGGGGAGGUGGAAAAUCAGUGCUACGGGUCAUCUUUCCCGUGGCUGCCACCAGCGAAUGAAACUUUUGUAUGAUACAUAAAGUGCUUGGGUCUAUUUUUAAUAAAAAGGGAAAAAGCAACUUGA